AUGCUUACUGCUUCAACACUGUUCAUUACCGAUUAUCCCGACCCGGCCAUCUUUGAGCCUACUGAAACGAGCACUGUGAAUGCCAUCCCUACCAGGCCGACAGAGCCAGGAAUUACAGAUGCUCCCAUUGGAGAACCAAGCAUCCCCGCAUUACCUCAGGAUACUUCCCCUGGUCUACCUGAACCUACAGCUAGCGAUCCAGUGCAAAGAUCAUCCAGAGGUCCUGGGCUGCCUCCCGGUGCACUGCCUACCUCGCCAGCUAAACCUCCGACUACCAAAACGACCUCGAUCCCAGGGGAGAUUCGAACCACGACUCUGCCAGGUAUCGGCCCUGUUGUUAUAGAUCCAUCACAUUCAGUCAUCUUCGUUAGCGGCGUGAUAAGCGCGAUUACCCCGGGACAACAGACAACUAUCAACGACAUUCCGAUCUCAUUCGACACUUCCGCUACAUUCUUCGUCAUAGAUGGUACUCGGACAGUUGGUAUCCCUCCAUCAACUCCAGCGCCUCGACCAGCGCCAGUGGUAGUCGGUGGCACUACCAUCGACAUUGGCCAUAUCGCUACCGGUCUCGACCCAGACGAGGUCACUACCGUCAACGGUGUUCCCAUCUCGCUGGACAAUUCGGCUUCCAACGUGGUCAUUGGAGGAACCAAGACUAUACCGCUGCUUGGAGUGACGCAAAUGCCUAUCGCAUCCAUGGUGGUCGUGGGCGAGACGACUUUGGAUUUAGGCGAGCUCGCUUCAGAACUUGAGCAGGGCGAGGUAACCGUUAUUGGCACCAUGACAAUCUCACGCGACAAUUCAGUCAUCAUCGCUGGUACUACGACUAUAUCGCUCCCUUCAUCACCGAGCGAUGUUGUGCUUGGAGGCAUGACCAUCACCGUGGGGGCGCUUCCUUCUGGAUACUCUUUCAUUCCCGCUACCGCUGGAGGAGGCCUGCUGCUCCCGAAUGGUCAGACACUGAUGCCCGGUGCUAUGACGACGAUUAGUGGCGUUGAGAUCUCACUCACUCUAGCAGAGACGCCUGUCGUUGUAGUUGAGGGCUCAAUAUCCAUCACUUCGAUCAGCACUGUGGGCAGCACCUCUGGAGGCUUCAAUAACGGUGGUACUCUCGGAAUUGGACAACCGACAAGUACUUCCACCGGUGACUUGAACCAGUUCACUGGUGGUGCUGUCGCGGGUACGAGAGAAUUUCGCAAUAUGUUAUGGAUAUUAACUAUUGUGAGUAUGUCAUUUGGCGUUGCUUGCUCGUGCAUCUAG